CGACAAGACGAAACCAAAUUGGCAUUUGAUUAUCACGUCCUCCGAUUGGCACCCCAUUUCAAUGACACGCUACAACUCAAAUACAAUGCCAGCACAAGUGCCAGUGACAAUAACGGCGUGACGUGGAUUGCCUAUCCGUGGCCACCGAGUAUUCGAACGCCCACUGUGUCCGCCAAGGAUGUGGCACGCAUUGCCGUGGCACUAUUGCUCCAACCCGAUCGUCUUCCCAAUGGUGCCGUCGUUCCAGUCGCUACCGAUUAUGCCAAUCCCCAUGAAAUGGCACAAUACAUGACACUCGCGAUUGCUAAUGCUAACGACACCAACAAAGACACCAGUAUUAUUCAAGCCCAUCAACCAAUUUUGCUCAAACCACACGCCAUGCUGUCGUACGAACAACAAUGCCUCGUUGCCAUGGGAGAUUACCUCGCGCAACAACAAUCCCAACUUGGAAUUGUCAAGGAUGAUUGGGGUAAAAAACAAACCAAACACAAGUACAAACUACAGGAUAUUUUACUGCAACAGCAAUCGCAAGACAACGAGGAACCGCUGGAAACCGUACAGGCAUUUGUCCAACGUGUCUUUGGUGCCGGUCAAACCAAGUAG